GAUAACAAUAGAAGAUGUAUGAGAUAGUUUUUCUGUUACGAAGAAAAGGUAAAUGGGGAUCAGGGCUACAUCAUCAAAACCACUCUUCUGCUACUCAAAACUUCUCUGCAUUUCUGUUAUCUACCUUUUCACCUCUCUCUUUUUAGUUCUUUACACUUCUUUUAUUUCUCCAACAAAUUGUCUAUUCAGAUAUUCCCCUAAUGAUCCUAUCCAAACACCUCUAUUCCUUUACAAUUCUUCUUAUGGUGAACAUAAACAUGCCCUUCCUACUUUUCGUUCGUCUUGUAAUUCCCCUGUUUAUUUCUCAGAUUAUUGGAAUGCUUUGAAGGAAAUGAAUGAAUUCAGUGAGAAUUCUACGUUUCUUGGUUCGCGAAACUUGAGGUAUAUUCAGGGGAAUGCUGAUAGUUUUGGUGGGAAUUUCAGUAUCAAAAAGAGGUUUUCUUAUUUUGAUCAUCGUCGUCAUGAUGGAAUUGAAGUUCCUUGUGGAUUCUUCAAACGUUUUCCUAUCACUAAAUUUGAUAGGAUUUCCAUGGAAAAUUGCAAGGGAAUAGUGGUUAUUUCAGCAAUAUUCAAUGAUCAUGACAAAAUCAGGCAACCAAAGGGACUUGGUAAAGAUACACCCUACUCAGUAUGCUUUUACAUGUUUGUUGAUGAUGUGACACGCAAGGGACUUCAAUAUCACAACUUAAUUUCAACAACAUCAUCAGAGGAGAAUUCAGUGGGAGUGUGGAGAAUUGUGAAGGUUGAAAAAGAAAAUUUGUAUGAGAAUUCAGCAAUGAAUGGAGUUAUUCCCAAAUAUUUAGUUCAUAGGCUUUUCCCAAAUUCUAAAUAUAGCAUUUGGAUAGAUGCCAAAAUACAGCUAGUUGUUGAUCCAUUCUUGUUGAUUCACUCACUUGUUGUUAUGGAAGAUGUUGAUAUGGCUAUUUCAAGACAUCCUUUUUAUGUCCAUACAAUGGAAGAAGCCAUGGCAACUGCAAGAUGGAAGAAAUGGUGGGAUGUUGAUGGAUUGAUGAAACAAAUGGAAACAUAUUGUGACAAUGGCCUGCAACCAUGGUCUCCAGAAAAGCCUUACCCUUCAGAUGUACCAGAUAGUGCAAUAAUCUUGAGGAAACAUAGUGUGGCAACCAAUUUAUUCUCGUGCCUCUUAUUUAAUGAACUUGAAGGGUUUAAUCCAAGGGACCAAUUGCCCUUUGCAUAUGUGAGGGACUUAAUGGACCCAAAACUAAAGCUGAACAUGUUUGAUGUGGAAGUAUUUGAACAAGUGGCAGUUGAGUAUAGGCACAGCCUUAAAAAUGAUGGGGUCAAUAAACCAACAGUGAUGCCCAAAAAGACAAAGAGGGCAAGUUCUAAAUUCCUUGUGAAUGGGACUAGUAGCAAGUGUGAUAGCUACCUUUUGAAAAUGUGGGGUGAAUCCUAAGAUUGAUUUCAUGUAUUUUUUUUAAAGAGUUCACUUUAUAUACACU